AUGGAGACACCCCAGGAGCCCUCGGGUCCCGCCGUGCUCUCGGUGCUGUCGGAGCGGUUGGAUCUGUACCGGGAGGCCGCCGGGAACGCCCGGGACGCCGGGGACGGGGCGCGGCUGCGGCGGCUCCAGCGCGGCCUGCGGACCCUGGAGCAGAUGUUGCAGUCCGUCCGGAGCGGGAAGAGCAUCGAUGAGGCCGAGAUUCCCCCUCCGGUGGCGCUGGGAAAGGGGGGCAGGGGCCCUGCCCAGGUGCCCCCCGGGCCCCCUGACCCCCCAGCCCAGCCCCCGAGCCCUUCCCUGGCCCCAUCCCCAGCUCCCUGCCCGGCUCCCUGCCUGGAUCCCGACCCCAUCCCGGUGCUCCGGGCGCGGCUCCGGGAGCUGCAGCGGGAAGCGCUGCUGGCCAAGCGCCGGGGGGACACGGCCACCGCCCUGGGCCACUACCGGGCGGCCAAGAGCCUGGAGGCGCAGCUGGAGGCGCAGGGGCAGGACCGUGCCCCGGGUCCAGAGCCAGAGGAACCGAAGGAUCCAGCGCUGAGGGAUCCACCGGAGCCGAGGGAUCCACCGGAGCCGAGGGAUCCACCGGCACCCCCUGCCCCAGGAGCCCCCCCAGCCCCGCGGGACGUGAGGGAGGCUCUGGAGCAGCGCAUGGAGCGGUACCGGGCGGCCGCUGCCCAGGCCAAGGAGAGCGGGGACGGCAGGAAAGUCCGGAUGCACGAGAGGAUUGUGAAGCAAUACCAGACUGCCCUCCGUGCUCUCAGUGCCGGCAAAGCCGUGGAUCUUUCAGAGCUCCCGGUGCCGCCAGGCUUCCCGCCCAUCCAGGGCUCGGAGGUGCCGGCGGAGCCGAGCGUGGCCGGGAUGCUGGAGGCGGCCACGAGGCUGGCGGGGACCCCCCAGGAGGAGGAGGAGGAGGAGGAGGAAAGGGGGAUCCCCGAGGGGCCCAAGCCCGACCCCCGCCCGGCCCCCCCGGGACCCCCCAAACAGCCCCCCCGGAACGCCCCCAGCGGGGGGACCCCGAAUUCCCAACCGGCUCCCAAACCCACCGGGAAAGCCCAGGCCCAGCUGGAAUUCCUGGAGCUCCGCAGGGCCCAGUUCUCGCGGGCCGCGCUCAGGGCCAAGCGCAGGAACGACCUGGGGGCGGCCAAGGAGCUGCUGCGCCGCGCCAAGGGCGUCGAGGGGCUGCUGGGGGCCGCCCGGGGGGGCCUCCCCGUCGACCUGGCGCAGGUCCCAGAGCCCCCCCUGGACGGGACUGAGUUCGAGCUGGGCCCUGGGGGGGUCCCAGUGCCCCCCGAAACCACCAAGACCUUCCUGCAGCUGGCGGGGGCUCUGAGGAAGCAGCACCAGAUGUGUCUCACCUACUCCCGGCAAUUCGCCCACCUUGGGAACAUCUCCGAGACCACCAG